AUGGGAGAAGGGGGCGGGCGAGGCGCCGAACGGCCAAAGCCCGUGACUCUUGCGCGAGACUUUUACUUCUCCUCAUCCGACAAACAUUCACUUUCACUUUCAUCCCACACCUCUCAUCCUCUUCCAUUCACUCAGUCUACAUUUUGCAAACUCCAGGUUUCAAACUCUGACCCCGCGCCCGGCGUAUUCUGCCCCUCUUCAAUUCUCUCAAUACCACGCAUUUCAACCUUCAUCAUGGCCAGCGAACAAGAAUAUACCCUCGAGCAGGUCAAGGCUUCCAGGGUCGCCUCAGAUGACAUUGACACAACAUUCCGCUCAAGCAGCAUUGACUUGAUCUCUGCUGCCUUGGGUGGAAAGAUUCUCGCCUUCUCAGACGAAUGGUUCGCCGAGGCCACCAACUUGUUGACGCCAACCGCGCCCAUCAGGCAACCGGGAAAGAUGGUCUACACCGGCGCCUGGUACGACGGCUGGGAGACCAGGCGUCACAACACGGAGCCCUUUGACUGGGUCAUUGUCCGCCUUGGUGUUGCGUCCGGCACUGUCGAGGGUGUCGAGGUCGACACCGCCUUCUUCUCUGGUAACCACGCCCCCUCAAUCUCGGUUGAGGGCUGCUUCAACCUCAACGACGACGAGGUCGUCUCAUGGAAGGGUGGCAGGGGCCAGUGGGAGACGAUUCUCGGCAACGAAGAGUGUGGCCCGUCGCAGCGCUUCGGAUGGAAGCUGGCCGAGCCCAAGCAGAAGCAGUACACUCACGUCCGCCUGAACAUGUACCCGGAUGGUGGUAUUGCCAGAUUCCGUCUCUUUGGCCACGCCGUGCCCGUCUUCCCCGACGACAAGGAGGCCAUCUUCGACCUGGCUGCCGCCCAGAACGGCGGCGUCGCCAUCUCCUGCAGCGACCAGCACUUUGGCACCAAGGACAACCUUCUGCUGCCUGGCCGCGGUAAGGACAUGGGAGAUGGAUGGGAGACGGCCAGAUCGCGCAGCAAGGGCCACGUCGACUGGACCAUUAUCCGUCUCGGCGCCCCCGGUUACGUGCAGAACGUCGUUGUCGACACGGCGCACUUCCGCGGCAACUUCCCGCAAAAGUCAAAGAUCGAUGCCAUCUCGUGGACCGAGAGCGGCGAGCCGGGCGCGGACGCCGCCGGCUGGACGGAGAUUGUGGCGCCUAGCAAGUGCGGACCGGAUGCGGAGCACGAGUUCCCCAGCGCCGUCAAGGACAAGGCAUUCACGCACGUCAAGAUCACCAUUAUUCCGGAUGGCGGAGUGAAGAGACUGCGCGUCUUUGGCAAGAGAGCAUAG